GGCGGCGCUCUAGCCUCCGCGCGCUGUCUCUGUGCUCCCCCGCGUCUCGUCUAUUUAUUGUCGCGGGGAAGCAGCGGCCGCCCUGUACCCGGAACAACAAAGCACGAAAGACUGAGCCCGAGCCUUGGGGGCUCCUAGCAACGGGCCGGGGCGGGAGUUCCAUGGAGACUGGGGAGCGCGCCCGCCUCAUCAUUAUCCUUGUCCUCCAGCUUAUCCUUCGCGCCCGCCGCAACCGGCAGCAGCGCUGCCGCCGCGUCCUCUGCCGCCGCCCGCUCUUCCCACGAGGUAGCUGAAACUACUGCUGUGCUCCAAUAAUUCAAGUGGCUCGGGAAUGACUGCAUAUGAUUGCAAGAUUAUUUGUUUAUGGAUGUGAUCUUCGUGGUGGGAAGCUAAGUUUUUAAACUACCCCAAUGGAUGCAGACAGUGAUGUUGCACUGGACAUUCUAAUUACAAAUGUAGUCUGUGUUUUUAGAACAAGAUGCCAUUUGAACUUAAGAAAGAUUGCUUUGGAGGGAGCAAAUGUAAUUUAUAAGCGUGACGUUGGAAAAGUAUUAAUGAAGCUUAGAAAGCCUAGAAUUACAGCUACGAUUUGGUCCUCAGGAAAAAUUAUUUGCACUGGAGCAACAAGUGAAGAAGAAGCUAAAUUUGGUGCCAGACGUUUAGCCCGGAGUCUCCAGAAACUAGGAUUUCAGGUAAUAUUUACAGAUUUUAAGGUUGUUAACGUUUUGGCAGUAUGUAACAUGCCAUUUGAAAUACGUUUGCCAGAAUUCACAAAGAACAAUAGACCUCAUGCCAGUUACGAACCUGAACUUCAUCCUGCUGUGUGUUAUCGGAUAAAAUCUCUAAGAGCUACAUUACAGAUUUUUUCAACAGGAAGUAUCACAGUAACAGGGCCCAAUGUAAAGGCCGUCGCUACUGCUGUGGAACAGGUAUACCCAUUUGUGUUUGAAAGCAGGAAAGAAAUUUUGUAAGUCAUCACGUAAUUGGUUAGAAUCCCAAACUGAGCACCUUUUAAAACCUGCUGCACAUUGGACUCAGAACAAAAGGAAAACUGGACCAACAGUAAUUGAGGAAAUAGACUCUUUUAUUCAUUCACGGCUACAGUGUAAGCUCCAGUCCCUUUGGAUUUUAUUUCAAACCUUGCUGUAAUAUAAAAAGGAAGUUUACAAGACAUGACAUUGCUGCUUUUACAAAAGGACAUUCUAUUUAUUUUCGCAGUAAUUUCAUGUCCCCACGAGCAGAGCUGUCACAGUGUGCACUACCUUAAAGUGUUUUGUUGUUGUCAUUAUUUUUUUCCAGUUUGAGCUGAUGUGUUUUAUUUGUGAAUAGUCUUUUACAUUUUUGUAUGCUGAAUAUGGGCACCAAAGAACCUGUAAAAGUUAUCUUUUUCAAUUGAAUGUGCACAAAUAAAAGUUUGGAAAAGAUCA